AUCAAAGAAUUGUUAUCGACAUUCACCAGGAAACGCAUGCACGCGCUUCCAAAUUCAAACGAACGGCAUUUUAUUUUCACACAGAGAUCACUGUGAUCAGACCUGGAAUUUGCACCAAUUAAAUUGAAUAAGAUUUUUUAUGACUGAUUAAAAACAACUAAUUUUAGCUUAACAAAUAUGUCCCAAAAACCAAAUAAUGUGUUGCGUGCAAAGGAAAAUGCAUUACCCAAGACAGGACCUGCUGCUGCUCCUGGCCAUUCUGCAAUGGCAAUGCAGAAAAAGCAAUUGCUAACAAAAAAGCCAACGACUGAAAAUGUGGCGCCUAGUGGCAGCAAAACUAACGCACAAUUCGCAAAACCCCUAACGAAGCCCGCGAUUGGCUCACAGCAAAAACAACAAAAUACGGCAGCGGCUUCUGUAGCGGAAGCUAAAAAAUAUGUAAAUCCUGUUUUGUCUAACAAUGAAAAGCAAGCUCCGUCAUCAGCCACUGCGAGUAGCAGCAGCAGUAGCAGCAGCAGCAACACCAACACCAACACUGAAAAGGAUAAGACUGAAUCAGCGACAGCCAAACCCAAAAAAACUUGGGCGCUAAGUAACUUUGACAUUGGUCGCCAGCUGGGACGUGGGAAAUUUGGCAAUGUGUAUUUGGCUCGCGAAAAGGAAUCCCAAUUUGUCGUUGCACUGAAAGUACUUUUCAAGCGUCAAAUUGGUGAGACCAAGGUCGAGCAUCAGGUGCGACGCGAAAUCGAAAUUCAGUCGCACCUGAGGCAUCCACAUAUCUUGCGUCUGUAUGCCUAUUUUCAUGACGAGGCACGCAUCUAUUUGGUUUUGGAGUAUGCGCCCCAAGGAACGCUGUUCAGCGCACUGCAGGCGCAGCCAAUGAAACGCUUCGAUGAUCGCCAGUCGGCCACUUAUAUCAAGGCCCUCUGCUCAGCGCUGUUGUACUUGCAUGAGCGCGAUAUCAUUCAUCGGGAUAUUAAGCCGGAGAAUCUGCUUCUGGGCCACAAAGGAGUGCUGAAGAUAGCCGAUUUCGGUUGGUCCGUGCAUGAGCCGAAUUCGAUGCGUCUUACCCUUUGCGGCACGGUUGAUUAUUUGCCACCCGAAAUGGUGCUAAACAAGCCGCAUACCAAGAAUGUAGAUCUUUGGAGUUUAGGUGUGCUUUGCUUUGAACUGCUUGUGGGUCAUGCGCCAUUCUUUUCAAAGACCUAUGAAGAGACCUAUCAAAAGAUACUUAAAGUGGAUUACAAAACACCGGAGCACGUCUCGAAAGCAGCGGCUCAUUUAAUCUCCAAGCUCUUAGUGCUAAAUCCGAUGCAUCGAAUGCCACUGGAUCAGAUUAUGUUACAUCCAUGGAUUGUGGCGCAUACUCAGUGAAUCGCUCGACUGGUUGAAUCUUAAAUUCAUUUUAACAUUAUUAUUUUAUUGUUUCAGUUUCUUCAGUUCAUCUGACUUUGUUUAA